GCAGUCUGCCUUCUUGUUGAAGUUGGACCAUGUUGGGUGCUGUGGCAAGAGCAACGUCCAGCCUUUUGGCUGGAAAAACCAUCGAAAAAGUUAGUUCUGAAUCCCUCAAAAUUGUCUCUUCGUACAAUGUACAAAAAAGAGAUUUCGCUGCCAAAGCUGCUGCCGGUAAGGCACAAGGAAAAGUUGUAGCGGUCAUUGGUGCCGUCGUCGACGUACAAUUUGAUGAAGAACUACCCCCAAUUCUAAAUGCAUUGGAAGUCCAAAACCGUCAACCUAGGCUGGUCCUUGAAGUUGCUCAGCACUUGGGAGAGAACACAGUACGUACUAUUGCUAUGGAUGGUACUGAAGGUAUUGUCCGUGGUCAACAAGUUAAUGACACAGGAUAUCCAAUCCGUAUUCCUGUUGGUGAAGCAACUUUGGGUCGUAUCAUGAAUGUCAUUGGAGAACCUAUUGAUGAAAGGGGUCCUAUUGAUACAGACAAGAGAGCUUCCAUUCAUGCUGAAGCCCCUGAAUUCGUUGAUAUGAGUGUAGAGCAAGAAAUUUUGGUAACUGGUAUUAAGGUAGUAGACCUUUUGGCCCCUUACGCCAAGGGUGGUAAGAUUGGUCUCUUUGGAGGUGCUGGAGUAGGAAAAACUGUACUGAUUAUGGAACUUAUUAACAACGUAGCUAAAGCUCAUGGUGGUUACUCAGUAUUUGCUGGUGUAGGAGAACGUACCCGUGAAGGUAAUGAUUUAUACCAUGAAAUGAUUGAAUCUGGAGUAAUCUCCUUAAAAGAUAAGACCUCUAAAGUAGCCUUGGUCUAUGGACAAAUGAAUGAACCACCAGGUGCUCGUGCUCGUGUAGCUUUGACUGGAUUAACUGUUGCUGAAUAUUUCCGUGAUCAAGAAGGACAAGAUGUACUGCUUUUCAUUGACAACAUUUUCAGAUUUACUCAAGCUGGUUCAGAGGUAUCUGCCUUGUUAGGUCGUAUCCCCUCUGCUGUAGGUUACCAACCUACUUUGGCCACUGACAUGGGUAGCAUGCAGGAACGUAUUACCACCACCAAAAAGGGUUCCAUUACAUCAGUACAGGCUAUCUAUGUACCUGCUGAUGACUUGACAGAUCCUGCUCCAGCCACCACUUUUGCUCACUUGGAUGCUACCACUGUAUUGUCCCGUGCUAUUGCUGAAUUGGGUAUCUACCCAGCUGUAGAUCCUUUGGAUUCUACCUCACGUAUCAUGGACCCCAAUAUUAUUGGAGCUGAACAUUACAAAGUUGCUCGUGAUGUACAGAAGAUCUUGCAAGAUUAUAAAUCACUUCAGGAUAUUAUUGCCAUCUUGGGUAUGGAUGAAUUGUCUGAAGAUGACAAACUUACUGUAUCUCGUGCUAGAAAGAUCCAACGUUUCCUUUCACAACCUUUCCAAGUUGCUGAGGUCUUCACUGGCCAUGCUGGAAAACUUGUUCCUCUUGAAGAAACCAUUAAGGGAUUCCAAAAGAUUCUUGCUGGUGAAUUAGACCACUUGCCAGAAGUAGCCUUCUACAUGGUCGGACCCAUUGAAGAGGUGGUCCAAAAGGCAGAAAAAUUAGCUGAAUCUACAUAAAUGUUAGGAUAACUUUGUAUAUUUAUUUGUACUUGAUUCCAUCAAUCAGCAGAGAGAAAGAUGAGAACUUUUCAUUACACCACCAGAUUUUUUUUAUAUAUUGAAAAUUUUUGUUUAUUAGCCCUAAUUUCAUCUGUCAUGGGUAUUGUUGUAUUUUUAAUUACUACAUAAAUAAAAUAGAUCU